UUUUUUUGAGUGCUUAAAUGUGUUAUUAGCUAAAUGAACGCACAACUGUAUUAUAAAAUGUCUUAAACGUUAUCCUAACGAACUUUAGACAAUGACCGAUAGGAGGCAGUAUUUCGCCUUAAUGAUCGCUCACUUCACCGAAGAAGAAGAUGGCGCAUGCGUAGAUCGAAGACAACCCACGCAUGUCCGCACUAAAAGUAUCACUUGGCGCAGUCACCGAGGCUUCAAUAGGAUGAAUCCCAACAAGGACGACGAGCCCUCUACUUACAAACGUGUGGUGUUGAAGAACGCCUGUCCAUACCACUACAUGAAAGUUUGCCUUGAGCUGGAGGACAGUUCGACCAGACUGAGCGCAGUUGACCUGAAGCACUUCAUCAUCACUGGCUUGAAGAGUCUUUUUGGAGAGGUAGGAGCGGCUUUACAUUUUGACCUCUUGAAGUACGAUGAAGACACCCUAACUGCUCUUCUGCGAGUGUGCAGCAGAGGUUUGGUGAAGCUGUGGAGCUCCUUGACUCUGUUGGGCUCCUUCAAGCAGCAGAAGUGUGCCUUCAGAGUGCUGCAGGUGUCUCCCUUCCUGCUGGCGCUGACAGCAAACAGCCGAGAGCUACACCUGGACUGAGGCCAUAGACGCAUGUUCUCCUUCAGGAUGAGGUCCACGUGGUGUCGAGUCAGAACUUUGCUGGCCGCGGCUCCUCACCGCCACCUCC